GGAAAAAAUGCAUGUCCAGUAAGAGUUUUGACAGAUGACAAAUUGUUUCUUACACCACAUAGCUGUUUCUUCUCCCCUUAUUGGUUCCUGUUGUUGAGUGCAAUGAAAAUUUGCAACGGACCAUCUCGCCUGCUGGUUCAGCUAAUUUACAUUACAUUUUUCCCAGUUUUUGUGGCACAAAGGGUCGAAGUCUCACCUGAAGUGACUGGAUACCUUGGACAUGAUGUCACCCUGCAUUGUCAGUUAAUCCAAGGACCAACACAUACCAAUAUUGCUCAUGUUCAGUGGUUUCUCCUGGAAGAAGGAGGAACAGGAAAAAAGAAAGUCGCUCUCAUUGCUUUCAACUCUGUCUUUGGAGUGAAUAUUUUUGAGAGUCCACUGAAGGAGAGAGUGGCAUUUAAUGAACAUUCAUUGAUAAUUAAGGAUGUCAAAAUGAAAGAUGCAGGAUCCUAUACCUGCGAGAUUACCACCUUUCCGAGUGGUACAUUUGAAGGAACCACCAAACUUGUUGUUCAAGAAAACAUGCCACCAUCAGCAGGAAUGGUUUUUACUAUAGUUGCUGCUGCCGUGCUUCUGUUAGCGAUCAUAGCGGCCGUGGCUUAUUUCGUCCACAGCAGAAGACGACAUUCAUCAGCCAGGCUUCGUGUUGUCAUUGAUACAAAUGGUCCAGAGAUAGAUGAGGCCCAGCUGUCUGUAACUGCGAGAAAUGAGGAUGUGGUGUACUCUGAUAUCAAACUGAAACCAUUUAGAAAUGCUUCUCCUUCAUUCAAUUGCAAACUCAGAGACAGCGUGGAUGUUGACGACGUCACGUACUCUGCAGUCAUAUUUUCUCAUAAACAGUCCAAACCAGACACAGAGUAUGUUUAGCAUUUUUACCAUCUUUUGUGUUAGUUUAGUCUGUUAGUCUCAAAUUGUAAUAUUCAUACUUUCUAUACAGAGGAUAAAAUAAGUAUUGAACACAUAACCAAUGACCUAAGUAAACAUAUUUCUGUAUGUAAAAUACUGUAUGUAUUUUAAUAUUAAUACAGUCUAGCAAAUUGUGGUGUGUUACAGCAUACACAGAUCAAAAUUGUUAUCCAGUUGUAAUAAAGAAUUGCUCAUUUAUCCACCAGAGAUUUUAAAUAUCCAGCUAAUUGUUGUUGGCAUAUUUCACUUUGAAUUGGCAUCCGAAGUGCACAGAGUGAGCUUCUGUCUGCAAAACUCCAAACUGUUGUGAAUGUAAAUGACUUCUUCCUUUACUUUGAUGAAGUGAAACGCAUUUGUGGUCAUCUUCACCAAUACUACAAAAACAAACUGCACCUGAUGUUAACUCUCUAGUCUAUCUGUGCAUUUUUGCAGGAAGGUUUAGCUACAAGAAGGAGUCCUUUCUUGCUUUAGGCAUUCCCAGUAAAGCCAGACUGGCUUGCAGCGUGUCACCUGACAUUUUCAGGUUUACAUUUGUGGCCGUAAAAGUAAAAUUGCCCUGCAGAGAAGUUCGGAUCCCCACAAAAGCACUGACAAUAUUCAGUGAGAAUACAGUGAGAACCAUCAAAGGAGGAAGGUGAAAAGUAACAGAAGAUAAACAUAAAAAAGACAGACAAUCAUUCAAAACUAACUGGGCAAUGCAGAAACCGGAAACAAGUUUAAAUGACAAAAAAGGUCAAGAAAGUUCUUUAGUAAAAUCAUUUUCAUGGCCUAUAGCCUUCAUCGAAUCCAUUCAUGUUAUCAAACUUUGUGUGUUGUGUGAAAGUUGAGACAUUUGAUUGCUUUAGAGAUAAUGUUCUCCAGUAGACGGCUGUGUGAGUGUGUACAUUUGUUAAUUCUGCACAUGGUUAUUUGUGGUUGUUGAUCUUGAUACAGUUGCAGUUUAAACCUUUCCAUGUUCACCAAACUAAUUCUGUGGUUUUCCUUUUCUGCUAUGAUGAGCUUUGUCUUGACAGGAAACUGAUGUCAGCGAUAAGACAAGGCAGUUUAAGGAGUGUGUUAUGAAAGUCAUUCCAUAUCAGAUUACAAAGAUGUGAAUAAGUAAACUCAGCAAUAUUUUCCCACUAGAAGUGAAGACACAUGAAGAAUGUACUACUGAGAAUGCAUCAGAGGAACACACAUUCAUGAGCUAUGUUGUGAUGUGUGAUAUGAAACAAGGACGACGAAUAACAAGCAAACAUGGGUGUAACAGAA